AUGGACAUCAGUCUGCACCCCAAAGAAAGAAGGAGGAUUAGGACUCAAAAACUUGCACUUGUGGAAUCUGGCAUCUGUACUGAAGCUGAUCUGGAUAUUAUUCUUCAAGCAGGAAUCGAUCUGGUCCAACUGGCUCACAAGAAAAGUAAAAAUUCAUGGCAAGCAAAUCAACUUCUUCUACUAAGAGAGCAUGUCUACGACUGGAUCAAAAGAAGUAUUGGAAAUGGAGAAACUACUUACUUAUGGUCCUGUAAUUGGUCGCCCUACGGCAGAUUAUCAACAUAUCUGAGGGAUGAGCCUUCCUCUAGAACGGGUAUUCCUUCAACAGCCACACUGGCGGAGCUAUGGGAAAUUGAUCAUUGGGUCCUCCCACCUGCAAGGUCCGAUAACCAAGUUAGAAUAUACACGUUUCUGCUUCAACUCACCAUCACAGGGGAAGCUGAUGUUUAUGUCUGGUGUCCUGGUGGCUCACAAAAAACGCGAUACUCCACUCGACAAGUCUACAACUUGCUGCAGGAACAACUCCCUCAGGUUUCGUGGUAUAAAGAGGUUUGGUUCUCAAAGGGAAUCCCCAAGCAUCGGUUCCUCACUUGGCUGAUGGUGCUAAAUCGAUCUCCAACUCGAGAUAGACUUAUGAACUGGGGACUUAUCACAGACGGAGCCUGCUUAUUUUGCAAUUCUUCAUUGGAGACAAGAUCUCACCUUUUCUUUGAUUGCAGCUUCUCUUGGGAUAUUUGGUCUUCCCUCAUCCACCGUAUGCAACACCAAUCCCCUUGCUCGUGGCUUGAGAUUCUUGACUUCCUCCAUAACUUCGCUGGAACUAAAGCAGAGAGGUACCUAUUAUUGCUCACAUGGCAGGCAACAAUCUAUGCUCUCUGGACAGAAAGGAAUCACAGGCUUCACCGAAACAACUACCGAUCGGCUUCCUCUCUAACCUCCGACAUAGAUAGAACGAUCAAAAGAAGGAUUGCCAGCAUCAGACCUGACGACCCUCAACUCUCAUCCGUCAUGCUUACCCUCUGGUUUGCCUCAUCUCUCCCCCCUCCAGUGAUCUCAACUUGA